GGUACCACAUGAAGAACUACUAUUGACAGAACCUUCCAGCAUUGAUUGUCAAACAGUGUACAGCAAUAGUAUUUGUUUCAUAAGUUAUUCGUAGCAAAGAUGGGUCACGGUUUCGGAAAUUUGUGGAAAUACUACGGUGUUAUUUCAUACACCCUUUCACCAUUCGAGCAAAAGGCAUUGAAAGGUAUCAUCAGUCAAGGCUUCCUCAAUACAUGCCGUCGUUUCGCCGAAAAUGUUCCAUACAUGGGUCCACCCGCCUUGAUCAGCUACUUGGUGUACGAAUGGGCCGAACAUGAAAACCACCAAUCACACCGCAAAAAUCCAGCUGACUACGCCAAUGACGUUUAAGCCUGUAUUUAUUUGCUGCAGAUAAUUAAAACUAUGCUAUGAUUUAAAUGCUAUCAAAAUAUUCGAAGUAAAUGAAUGAAAUGUAGACUAAAAAUGAUUAAAAAAAAGUGGUUUUCCUCAUUAAAU